AUGGCACCUGUCGAGGCAGAGAAAUUUCUAUCUUAUGAAGCCGGGCCCGAGGUCGAAGAGUUCGCCAACGCGCUCGACGACUGUCUCUCCCCUCCUCUCUCAAACGAAGAACGACGAGAACGAAUACUAGGCCUACCUAGAAAAUACUACGAGAAUGCCCUUCGACGCCUAGCACAGGUUCGACCGCGUAUGAUGCGCAACGGUCAAGACGAUGUCGACAUGGAUGUAGACGAUGAUGUUGCUAAUAGCAACCCUGCCUCAGCAGAGCUUGUCAAACGUCUCGAGAGGGAAGCGCAGACAUGGGAUCUAUUGCGCAGGCUUCUUCCACUGAGAUAUGCUAGUUCUGAUGACGGGCAGAGCGCUUCCAGAGCCGAACAGAGCUCCGUGGGUUCAGGAAGCUUGUUUAAGAGUUUCCUUGCUAGUGAUUCCUCGGCGCGCGAACGACAAGCAGUCAUACAAUGGCUCCAGAGCAAUGCUUCUUCGGGACCGGAUAUCAACGAGCUUGCGCAUGAACUCCAGCAAAAUGCCGACCGUGGAGAUAUCAUCGCUCACGGCUGGCUUCACACUCGCUCUUCAAUCAAGCUUAGGAAGAGCGUAACAGCCUGGCCCCAUCUACUGGAUCGCCAGUCACCAGCUAUCGCGACCUCAUUUCACACCUCAGAUGGCUCACCUCUGGUGACACAGCUGGACCCAGACGCUGCGACUCGCCAGGGGCGAAAACUUGAACCGCAAGAUGAGUAUUUUGAGCGUGCCAUUUGGUUAGGUUGCUGGGAACAUCUUCGCCGAGGAUCAAGCUUGGACACUAUCCGUGAAUGGUGCCAAGAACGAACCGAAAUGUGGCGGGCUAUCUCGACCUCUGCGAUACUUCUUUCAGCCGAUGACAGCCAGGAAGUGACCGAUACUAAACCAGCAUCACUCGCUCUCUGGCGACGAAUGUGCUUCAGCUUGUCUCGAUCUGGUGGCUGUGAUGACUAUGAGCGUGCGGUAUAUGGUGUCCUAUCAGGAGACAUCCCGAGCGUCGAGAAAGUUGCCCUGAACUGGGAUGAUUUUCUUUUCGCGAACUACAAUGCAUUGCUACGCACACAGCUUGACAACUACAUACUUGGACAAUGCCCAGUCGACGUUGCUUCAAACCUCACACAAUCCUUUCCUUCAUUUGACGCUAUUCAAUUUCACGGGGAGCCAAGUACAGUUGACAUGCGUCUAAUUCGAGCUCUUGAAGCCAACCCCCAGAUCAAAGACGAAGCGAACGAACCCAAUAAAGCGUUGCAGGCAUCAUUAAUUUCCAAGGAAAUUGGUCAAUAUCUUUAUCAGCAGGGCUUGAUCAUUUCUUCUGACGCAAAUCACAACGAGUCAGCACUGUACAGAUCAGAGCCUAGUAAGCUUGAGGUAAACAAGGAGAGGUUCUUUCAGUCUACGCAGCACUAUGGUCUGCGGAUCGUCGCACAUAUCUACGUCCUCAUCAACCUCUUGGAUAAGCUGAACUUGAAGGGCGAUUCUCUAGCCCCUGCCUUUUCUCCUCCUGAAACGAGACGUUCCCAACAGAACCUCAUUGCCGGGUACGCGAAUUAUCUUCGCCUUGCUGAGUUUCAUGAAUUAAUACCUCUUUACUGUUCGAUUUUGGAACCCCCACGGUCAUAUGAGGUGCUUAGCUACAACCUCAUUCCCGAAAAUGAGGCGAGCCGACGUUUACUACAGUUGAGACUUAUUAGGAAAGCUGGUAUCGACGUGCUGGAGUUUGUCAAGACUCAGGCAUGGCUUUUGUUCGAUAAUUUGGGUCCGGCGCAGCAUGGAUGUCCUGCCAAGGAAGGAUUUAGCAUCAUUGAGCCUGGCCCACCUACUUCACGCAGCGGUCGCCCUGUGAGACCCGAUUUCUUUGGCGAUGAUGAAAGAUUCGUUGAUCAGGCACAUGAGAACCUCAUCCGAUCACUAGAGUGGCUGGUACUAGUGCAAGAGACAUGGCCCAACGUGUUGUCUAUGGGGACCAAGAUCUACAAAUUCUUUUUGCGCAAUAUGCACCUCAGCGCUGCUCGUCAGCUGAUGAAGCGAGUUCCAUUCUCAGAGGUCCUUCAUGCAGCUACGGAAGAAAAUGCCGACGAGAUGGAGUUAUACGAAGACAUUCCCGAGUUUUGGGCGAGGCAACUUGAUCGGAGAGGUAUUCGGGACGUGACACCACAACAAGCACUUUCAGAUGCCCGAAAUUUCCGUGAAUUGGAGAAUCUAGUGCGAGCCCUGGAUAGCUUGGAGACGGUCGCGUCGCUAGCCGAGCUUAAAAAUGAGUACGCCGACCGAAAUAGAAAACGCUGGAGCAUGAUAUUAACGAGAGACAGGGACCAAAAGAGAAGCCGGGAGUUCUGGAACGCUAUUGGUGACGAAGUCAAGAACACAAAAGAAAACAUGCAGCCUCUUCUCAAGAACUGGCUCCUGGUGGGCAUUGAGGAAGGCGAUCAAGAACUACGAGAUCUCCGUCAAGCUUAUCUCCCCGAAACAGUUCUAGCAUAUGUUGGCACGCUGCACUUUGCUGGAACUGGCUUGUCUCGAGACAACCUCUUGGAGUGUAUGGAGCUUGCUUCCAUCAUUGCAGAGCGCGAUUCGGAUCUGUCGGUUGCAUUCUUAGAAGCUGGAAGAAUGAAGGAGCUGGUGGAGGUCUUUGCUGCCAGCAGCAAGGCAUUGGCCAUCAGCACUGGUGAAAAGAGAACGGCGAGCACUGGCAGCAAGAAGCUGCGAGAGAUGGGUUGGUCCCGGGAUCUGUGGUCUGUCAGGCCAUAA